AUGUUGACCACCCUGCAAAAGAGAAACAUAUGCAAGCUAUAUUUGCAUCCAUCUCCGCUACAAGACCUAGACCUGAUGUUGCAUAUUGCAUCCAUGGUCUUGCAAGAAGAUUAUGAAAGACACACAAUUGGGGCAGUUGCUUUGAAAACUCUAAUUAUUAUUCACCAAGCCUUAAAGGAGGUGGACCCCACACUUCAAGAAGAGCUCCACAUUAUAAAAAGGAUGGAUACAACGAUUUCAAUACUUUCUACAUGCAGGCUGCUUUAGGUACUACAGAUUUGAUGAAACCCGUAGGCCAGGCCUGCAAACCAAAACAGAGCAGGUAUGCUAUUUUACACUUUUAUUCAUUGGAGGAUUCACGGUUGUCGGUUAUUUUUUUGUUUCAACAUUCUUUGGCAAAUUCAUAGAGGUAUUUGCUAAAGGAAUGUAGAAAGUAAGACGUCAUAACAAAAGUACAUUGCUAUUUCAUGCACUUAAAUAUUUUGCUUGCAUUGUUUGUUUGUAAUAUUAGAUGAGUGACCUGAAUCCGAAGGUGAAGACGGUUGGUUUUUUUUGUCUAUCGCAUAAACAUCUAUGUGUUCUUUUGGU